AUGUCUGCCCCCAUUUAUCUCGGUGUCAUUGGUGUCGGCGGCGUUGGAACCGCCUUCCUGAACCAACUCGCCCGCCUUCCCAAUGCUCCUCAACUCAUCCUCCUCGCCCGCUCCAGCCAGACUCUCCUCUCGCCCACGCCCUCUUACACCCCCGCCAUCCCCGCCGCAGAAUGGAAGACCGCCGUUGAGACCCCUUCGCUCACCAAGUCGGGCGCAUUAACACCCGACGAGAUCGCCGCAUACCUUGCCUCUGCUCCUGGCCGCUCCAUUCUUGUCGACAACACCAGCGAUCCCGCCCUGGCUUCCAACUACCCUGUCUUCCUGCGCAAGGGCAUCAGCGUCGUUACACCGAACAAGAAGGGUUUCUCGUCAGACCUGAGCCUGUGGAAGGAGAUCUUUGCUUCCGCUGCUGAGGGCAAGGCCCUUGUUUACCACGAGAGCACAGUCGGUGCCGGUCUGCCGGUCAUCUCGACGCUGAAGGAUCUGGUUAAGACCGGUGACGAGGUUACCCGUAUUGAGGGUGUUUUCUCCGGAACUCUCUCCUUCCUGUUCAACACAUUCGCGCCGGCUUCUGGGUCCUCGAGCGCAAACUGGAGCGAGGUUGUCAGCCAAGCCAAGGAGCUGGGCUACACUGAGCCCGACCCCCGUGAUGACCUGAACGGCAUGGACGUUGCCCGUAAGCUGACCAUCCUUGCGCGCCUUGCCGGGCUGGAUGUUCAGUCCCCCGACUCAUUUCCCAUUGAGAGCUUGAUCCCCGCUGAGCUGGCGAGCUUGCCUUCUUCCGCGGACGGAAUCACGCAAUUCAUGACCCGUCUUCCCGAGUUCGACGGCCAGAUGGCUUCUAUCAAGGAGGGUGCUGAGAAGGCCGGCAAGGUUGUGCGGUAUGUCGGCAGCAUCGACGUUGCUAAGAAGGAGGUCCGCGUUGGACUCCAGCAGUUCGACAAGGACAGCGCCAUUGCCGGGCUCAAGGGCAGCGAUAACAUCAUCUCCUUCUACACCCGCCGGUACGGCAACAACCCGUUGAUUGUCCAGGGUGCUGGUGCCGGAGGUGAUGUUACUGCUAUGGGUGUCACGGCUGAUCUGCUGAAGGUCAUUGAGCGUCUAUAA